AUGUUUGGUACCCCAAAAACAAAAAGCCAUCCGUUCAAACACCGAGCAUCCAAACGCCAGGAGGUCUUCAAUGUGCGCGUCUUCAUGGGCUCAAAGACUUGGUAUUGGUCGGAGCGUUUGAUGCGUUCCAAGAAUCACCAAGAACCUGGCUGGCCUCAGAACAGCAGCUCUUGGCGCUACGUGGGUGUGACCCACGAAGCUUACAUCCACCCGGUGAGGACUUUGAGCAAUGAUUUGUUCAUCAACUACAUCGGCGAUACGGAUGCAUCCCAGCUGGAAGGGCUGCCAGAACCUGUCGCAGGAAGCUUCUACAUCUCCCACAAUGCCGAACGAACUGAGGAGAAAUCAACAAGAAGGUUGCGGCAAGAUGUGCAGUUGCUUGAGGACUAUUUGAAUAAGGAUGACGCCCACUUGGAUGCUUGGCAAUACACACGUGCGAUCUUUUACUUGGCACAGUCACAUCGUUCCCUGCAGAACUUCGAAGUCGCCAAAGAGCUUUGGGAGCGAUACCUGACUUCAGAGAUCUCUGGCCUCCGGCAGUUCUCAUACCUUCGCUAUGGCGCGCACAUGGGUCUGGGGCAGAUCUGCGCCCAACAGCCCAGCUUGUGGCGUCACACCACUGCGACCAGCCGGAGCUGCCUGCAGCAUUUCGAGGAAGCACAUCAGCUUUGUCCACGGGCGGAACCCAUGGUCUACUUGGCGCUCUCCAUGCCUGACGGCGCCAAGGAGCGAAGGCUGGCGCUGCAGCGCGCAAAGGAAGUUCAGCACUUGCAGGCAUCGACGGGUCAUUGCGCCAUUUUUGCCGAAGAGUCCGUCUAUCAGCAGAUAGAUACGCUUCUGGCAAAGGAGUUGGCGCAAAAUGUUGCAUGCGCCAACGGCCAAUGGACGGUGAUGCCAACGGUUGCCAUGCGAUGUAAGGUCGAGAUGGUCAAGCAUCGAAGAUGA